AAUGUUUAUGUGCUGUAUUUAUCCACGGAUGGCUGCUACUAUUUGAUCAUGCCCAGCUCCCUGGAGUUAUAAAGCUGUCGGUAUCGGUGUCCAUGACGCGGAGGAUACGGAAACAAGUAAGACUAUCCUAGCAAGGCGACAUCCCCUGCGGGAAACAGGGACUUGGCUUUUCUGAGCUGCUCUGAGAAUCAUGUCAGCCUCGGCUGUGUUCGUACUCGACCUCAAGGGGAAGGUUCUAAUAUGCAGAAACUACAUGGGUGAUGUGGAUAUGAAUGAAAUUGACUACUUCCUGCCGAUGCUGAUGCAGAAGGAGGAUGAGGGAACUAGUUCCCCAUUCCUCAUCCAUGGACGUGUUCACUUCCUCUGGAUAAGGCACAAUAACCUGUACUUGGUAGCAGUGACAAAGAAAAAUGCGAAUGCAGCCCUGGUUUUUGCGUUUUUAUAUAAAAUUGUUCGGGUUUUCACAGAAUAUUUUAAAGAGGUCGAGGAGGAAAGUAUUCGAGAUAACUUUGUUAUUGUUUAUGAACUUUUGGAUGAAGUGAUGGAUUUUGGAUUCCCACAAACGACUGAUAGUAAGAUUCUUCAAGAGUACAUCAUCCAGCAGGGACACAAGCUGGAAAUUGGAGCACCGCGACCCCCUGCUACCCUCACAAACGCAGUGUCCUGGAGAUCAGAGGGUAUCAAAUACAGGAAGAAUGAAGUGUUCAUUGAUCUGAUCGAAUCUGUCAAUUUAUUGGUGAGUGCAAACGGCAGUGUCCUGAAAAGUGAGAUCAUUGGAAAUGUGAAGCUGAAGGUCAUACUGUCAGGAAUGCCAGAACUACGACUUGGACUUAAUGAUAAGGUUCUGUUCGAGAUCUCUGGACGGGACAAGACUAAAUCCGUGGAACUAGAGGAUGUAAAGUUUCACCAAUGUGUGCGCCUGUCUCGCUUUGAAAACGAUCGAACCAUUUCCUUCAUCCCCCCAGAUGGAGAGUUUGAACUCAUGUCUUACCGGCUGUAUACUCAGGUAAAACCCUUGUUCUGGAUUGAGUCAGUGAUUGAGAAAUACUCACAUAGCCGAGUGGAAAUUAUGGUUAAGGCUAAGAGUCAAUUUAAACACCGCUCUACAGCAAACAAUGUUGAGAUUUUUGUACCGGUUCCCAGUGAUGCUGAUUCACCGAAGUUCAAGACCAGUACAGGCAGUGCAAAAUGGCUGCCAGAAAAGAAUGUUGUCCUCUGGUCGAUCAAGUCUUUCCCUGGUGGCAAGGAGUACUUGAUGCGGGCUCACUUUGGCCUCCCAAGUGUUGAGAGUGAGGAGCAGGAGGGGAAGCCGCCCAUCACUGUCAAGUUUGAAAUUCCAUAUUUCACUGUCUCUGGAAUUCAGGUGCGCUACCUGAAAAUCAUUGAAAAGAGUGGCUAUCAAGCUCUCCCCUGGGUUCGUUACAUUACUCAGAGUGGAGAUUAUCAAUUGCGCACAAAUCAAUAGGAGUUCUGCUGUCCAGUGGAAUUCCCAGGUUUUAAAGAACACAAUUUGUGAACAAAGUUAUAAAAAAGAGAAGGAAUCUUAACUCCAACUCCACAAGGCUUCGAGAUUAUGGAUGCUACAGUGAAAAGUUGAAACAGUUCCUACCAAACAAGAUAGGAAAAUGUGACUUGUUAUUGAUGUACCAUUUCUUUGUUGCUUCUGGAUAUGUGUUAGGUUAAUUUUCAUUAUUGUUCCUUCACUGAUACUUGGAAACAGUCAGGUGAAUACUGCUGGGCAGGUUAAUUGCUGCACCUUGCUGGAUUUUCUGUCAUACAGUUUAAUUUCUGAAGCUACUAAUGCAGGAGACCAUUAAAGCAACAGUUGAUGUUUUCACUGAGCUGAUACAGAGGAAGGUCUGAUGUCUUUGACACAAGCAUAUCCACUUGGGGCCAUGAGGAGGUUCUGCUUCCUUUGCCUGCAUGCAACUUUUGUUUCUUCCUUUCCACCCACCCCACCCCACAACCAAAUCCCAAAUUGCCUUGCUCCAAGCUCUUUAUGUUGGGAAGCACCACGGGAAUCAGAAGUGAAGGUCCACUUCCAUGAUCUCCAUGUCCUCUCAUUUAAUUGGAGAAAAGGUCAUAAAUAACAGACAAAAAAGAAGCAAAGUGAAAAAAAUAGAAGGGUAGAUUUUCUCAUCGCCUGUCUGGAGAUCCAUUAUUUUGAUCAGGUUUUGGUAUUCCAACAUCUCAAAUGCGCAAGAAGUAUUCACCAUCUUGCGGCAGAUACAUUUACACGAGGCCACCAUGACAUUUUUUGCAUGACAUUUCCCAACAAUUCCACCAAUUUAGUACCAUUUCUAUUACUUGUCCAAACAUCCAGAGUUGCUUAUCACUGAGUUUUAUAUUUGAAUGCAUGUUUAAAGAGCCCAGUGAAAAGAUUAUCUGGUCACUUGCCUUUGGCCCACUGAACAUGGGAACUGGCUGAUUCCUCACGCUGUCACAACCAGCAGGUCACUUGGCACCUGGACCUUACAGGGUUAAUGUGGCAAGCUGCGAGUCCCCCUGACCAUGUUUCCUUUCGCAUUUAGCAAGCUGGACGAUAUUGGAACCCAGAGCCUGAAUAGCAGCAGCCUGAGCUUCCACUGAAACUGUCUAAAGUUGUUCAAUGAAGGCUCCAUAAUUGAGUACCAGGCCGGCUGUGUGCAGGAAAGCCAAGUCAUCAUGAGACCUAAUCAGCAGCCCUAAAUCAGGAAGGCUGCAGGUCACCAACAGGAGGUGGGUUUGUUAAAUUGUACUUACCUGAAUGUGGAUCCAGGAGGUGCAGGUGUGCUCCUGCUGAACACACAUUAAAAGCACAGGUUGCUGCUGACCAUAAUUUUAUUGCUUGCCAGCUUGUCCUGCAAGGAGAAAUGGAGACUGUUAGUAUAUGGCCUGCUGACAGGUAAGAAGAUGUGUUUGCAAGGCUAGACUUUGUGGAAAGCGCAUGAAAAGAUAUCACAAGUUUAAGAAAUGAGGAGAAUAAUUGUGAGGAUAAUGUGCAGAGCAUGCAAGAAGCACCAGAGGGAGGUUGAGUGAAGUGUGCUGCUGUAAUUGGAGGAGAGUGAUAGAGAGCAGAGGACAGAAGGCUCAUGAGGUAACAGGUCAUUUAGGCCUAAUCAGAACGUAAAAGAGAUGUGAAUGGGAAUCUUAGUAGCUCAGAUCAGUUGAUUGAAUUUUCUCUUCCUACAUUUCAGCCAGCUUCUGGGUAUUAUGCUCUUUGUACUCACUGGCUCAACCACCUACAGGUAUUUGCUUUGGCACCCUCCUCCCAUUAGCAGGAAACCAGGCCCCUUCUUCCAGCUGACCACCUUCACCUGAACCUCCACUGGGCUGUCUGAAGAUCUUGAGGCCUUUGCAGUCAUCACACUCACUAUAUUCUCCACUUUCAAGCAUAGAAACACACAGUACAAAGUACAUCUCAAGUUUAAGAAUCUCCUUUUAAAUGGCAUCACAGCAAUCCCAGUAGGCAAGUUGCCAGUAACCAUUGGGAGCAGCAUUUCCAGAGAGGCACAAAGCCAAAUUUGGGCUGUUCCACGUCAUUGGGCGGUGGCCCUGCCCACAAGACCCCAUUUUGGGUGGAAGCUGAAUUCCUCUGCUAGUAACCCUUGACUAUUUUAUUAUUUGAUUUAUUCAUUCCUCUAGUUCUUUCUUCACCACUCCCACGUGCAAAGCUUUUGUAUUUUGUUGUUUUAUUUUUGCUUGCAUGUAGACACUGGGGAAAAAUGUAAAGCUACAAGCUGCAUUUUGCGCUCAGUGGCGAAUAAACGACACCAGCUUUUCACUGCACCUACA